UUAAUGUUCAGUACAAUGUAGUAACAAUUCUUCAAAAGUUUUCAUAGAAAAGUGAAAAUAAAAAAAAACCUCAAAUCAUAUCAUAUACAUGUAACUAGUGACGAUCAAUAUAUACAUUUUAAAAUAAAAUUUACGAAAUAAACUUUUUUAGAAAUCUUUAAAAAUCUACAAAAUUAUCGGCGAAAAUCUACGAAAUUGAGACGAAUACGAAGGAAGGACAUUUUAAGAAUAUAAAGGUAUGUAAUAAUGCAAUGCAGUGCUCACUCCUCUAUGUUCUGGGCAUUUUAAGCUUUCUCUCUCUUCUCGCUUUCUCCCAGUCAAAACAAUCCAAAGAUGGAAAACUGAGAUUACAGCCGAAACUUAAACCUUUACAGAGGGUAAACCAAGGAUCAGAGAAACCGGAGUUGAACCCGGAGUAUCUAGGGUUACCCGGAGAACCAGAGUACGAGAUCGACACCUCGGACCAGGAGAAAGUGAAACCGUCCAGGGGUUCAAGUGAGCGGCUUGAUAAGGUUCUACGUGGAGAGAAACGAGGUUUAAACCAACAGGAAUCUGAAUCUCAAGCUUCCUUUAUUUCCAGAUUGUUGAGUUCUGUGAUAAACUUUAAAAUGGCCGAAGAUUUAGCAGACAGGCUGGAUGACCUAAUCUGUGCCUGGGAUAAAGUGAUGGGAACAGAUUUUGAAACCUUGAUUCUUCUCCUCUUAGGAUGGAUUGGGUUUGGAGCAGUUAUUUUUCUAAUAUCCCAUAUUAUAUACUCAUCUUUGAGUACUGGUGAGAGUGGAGAAGUUUCCCCUGGAGUACCCAGCCCUUCAGUAGGAGGAGUAUCCACUCCCCUCAUUCCUCCCUAUAAGGAUAUAGCUCAGAAAACUAGUCUUCCAAAAAUUGCUGUUAAUAAUAAUAUUUCUAGUCUGGACGCUGCUCAGUCAAUUUCAAGUCUGGAUAAAAGUGGACCAAAAACUGAACCCGGAGGAACACCAAUCCAUUCUAAUGGAUUAGUUCCAGCAUCUGAUAUACCUACGGCAGUUGGCUCAGAUCCUGACGUUGUUCAGUAUGUAAAUAAGUGUUGGGAGUAUAUAUACAAUCAUGAAAAUAUAUCUAAUGAGAUAACGAGAUUAUGGUUCGAGAAAAUGAACGAAUUCACAAAAAGAUCUGCCCUAGAGGACGGAUUGUAUGUUGAGUUCCUUGGACUGGAUUCAACUAGAGAGGGUGGUUCAAGGCUUGGGUUCAAUAAUAUGACAGCAGAACCACUUCCUGGUGAUAAUAUGUCUGUGACAAGUGAUCUGAACGCUGAGUUUUCCUUUAAGUUGAAGACGACCCGUCCUCUCCGGGAUAGAAUAGAAGCAGCAGAUUUUAUACUUCUAGUAGACAGGAUACGAGCCAGGUUCUCCUUGACUGUGAUAAAUGGUGAGAAAUUAAUUAUUGCAAAGCUGGACGGGUGGCCAGAUCUAAAACUCCGGGUCCAAUCUCAAGCAGGGAUUAGUGCAAACAUUUCCAGAGAAGAGCAGAACCUCAUAGAACUUAUUGAAGAGAUUUCAACUUCAGCUCUGAGAGGAGUUCAACUGGAUAUCAG